CCGAGCGGCGAGUGGGCCGCCGCGCCUGCGCGACCCAGCGGAGCCGGGCGGCAUGGCGGGCGGAGCCCGGGAGGUGCUCACGCUGCAGUUGGGCCACUUCGCGGGCUUCGUGGGAGCGCACUGGUGGAACCAGCAGGAUGCUGCGCUGUGCGCCCCGACCGGUGCCAAGGAACCGCCGGGAGAGCUGUGUCCCGACGUCCUAUACCGGACCGGCCGGACGCCCCACGGCCAGGAGACGUACACGCCUAGACUCAUCCUCAUGGAUCUCAAGGGUAGCCUGAGCUCCCUAAAACAAGAAGGUGGACUCUACAGGGACAGAGAGCUGGAUGCAGCAAUAGCAUGGCAGGGAAAGCUUACCACACACAGGGAGGAACUCUAUCCCCAAAUCCCUGGCCUCCAGGACCUUCUGAGUGCAGAGGGAGUGUUGAGUAGUGAUGGGAUCUGGAGGGUCAAGUCCAUUCCCAAUGGCAAAGGUCCCCCACCGCUGACCGCUGCUGCAGCCCCCAAACCCUUCACCCCCACAGAGGACAGCAUCAGAGUCUGGUCGGAUUUCCUCCGGGUCCAUCUACACCCCCGGAGCAUCUGUAUGAUUCAGAAGUACAACCACGAUGGGUACGUGGGCCCCAAAGGGUGUGAACCGAGAAACGGGAUCCCCACCGAUGUUGAUGAGGCUCCUGAGGCCACCUUCCCCGCCGUCCCUGCAAACAGGAUCUUGCGGGGCUGGGGGGGGUGGGGAGGGUCGGGGCUCCUGCAAGUCCUGGUUGUGGCCACGUCCGGCAGGGAAGCAGGUCGCCUAGAGGCUUUCGGCCAAGGCGAGAGCAUCCUGAAGGAGCCCCGGUGCCUGGAAGACGUGGAGGACAGGCUGCACUUCUACGUGGAGGAGUGUGAUCACCUGCAGGGCUUCCAGAUCCUGUGUGACCUGCACAACGGCUUCUCUGGGCUGGGUGCCAAGGCCGCCGAGUUGCUACGAGACGAGUACUCAGGGCGGGGAAUAAUAACCUGGGGCCUGCUCCCUGGGCCCUACAGUCGUGGGGACCCCCUGAAAAACAUCUAUCGUCUGCUGAACACAGCGUUGGGCCUGGUGCACAUGUCCGCCCACAGCUCUCUGGUCUGCCCCUUAUCCUUGGGCGGGGGCCUGGGGCUGCGACCGGAGCCACCCGUCACCUUCCCCCACCUGCACUAUGACCCCGCCCUGCCUUUCCACUGUGGCGCGAUCCUGGCCACAGCCCUGGACACCGUCACUGCUCCAUACCGCCUCCGUUCCUCGCCAGUCUUCAUGGCUCACCUGGCAGACAUGCUGAACUUCUCUGGGAAGAAGGUGGCGACCGCAGCGGCCACCAUCCCCUUCCCCUUGGCCCCAGGCCAGUCCCUUCCCGACGCUCUGGUGCAGCUGGGAGGGGCUGCCGCGUGGACCCCCCUGUCUGCAUGUGGGAGCCCUUCUGGAACGUGCUGCUUCGCCCAGUCCGUGGUGCUGAGGGGUCUGGACAGAGCGUGCCACACCAGCCAGCUGGCCCCGGGGACCCCUCUGCCCUCGCCGCUGCACGCGUGCGCCACUGGGGAAGACGUCCUGGCCCAGUAUUUACAACAGCAGCAGCCCACAGUCAGGAGCUCUGCCCACUUGCUGCUGGCUCCCUGCAUGGUGGCUCCCCCGUACCCCCAGCUCUUCUCCCCAGGCCUCAGCCAGCACGGUUUGGUUGUGGAUGGUCCCCCAUCUGGGGCAGCCGUGGAGAGCAUCCCAGUGCUUGGGGCCCUCUGCUCCUCCUCGUCCUUGAACCGGACCCUGGGAGACCUGGCUAGAGAGCUCACCAAGCUCGAUGUGCGGCGCUGGGCCAGCUUCCUGGCCGCCGGCGUGGAGCAGGGGGACCUGGACGAGGCCCUGCAGGAGCUGCGCAGCCUGGCCCAGUGCUACCGGAGUGGGGGUGGCCUCGUGGACUAAGGCUUCCCAAGAACAGGAAACAGCUGGUUUACAAUAAAAACUGCUGGGUAUAGGAGCUCAAUGUUCUGGGACUGGCUACACCAACACAAGCACUUCAUACGUCUAGAACCACUGUGGUGGGAUCACAGAACAAUAAAUAUGUGCCAUCAGACCCGGGCGGGGAGGGGGGCGGGGGGAGAGGGGAGGUAGAAAGGGAGCCAAGCCCACUCCCUCGAUGCUGUUCACGAGUACGUUCAGAAAGACCCAGAAGGACUCGUAAGCUAGCAGAGCCAUCCGCCCCCAGUCGGCCUCAGCCCCCGCGCCUCCGGCCCUACAGCCUGAGCUCCGGGGGUGGGGUGCCAGCCAAGCACAAGCACCGCCGGCCAGGGCCAGCAGAUGACACCGCCACGCGCCCAGGGUCACGCGUCCAGCUCCUCCUCCGACAGGAGGUCCCCGCGGUCAGACAGCUGGUCCGUGUUGCUGGUGCUGGUCGCGUCCUCCUCCUCCUCAGAGCUGGCCUCACAGGCCGUGUGGAAGAGCCGCAUGAGUUCCCGGAAACGGUGGGAAACCUAAGGCCAGAGAGGAAGGUUCUGACGUUGACCAAGCAGUACGUGCCGAUCGAGCAAUCGGUCUGUUCCCCACAGUGAGAUCGGGAGGGCUGUGUCCUCCCCACACGAGAGGGGACUCCGGUCAAGAGGCUUAUCGGCAUCUGGCCCCAAAUCAUACAGCUCCCGAACACGACCUGGAACGUCUGUGGGCUCCUGACGGUCCGCCGCCCUCUCUCGAACCAAAACCAGACUCCCUGACAAGUCGGGCCCCUCCUUGGGGCCCACCUGUACAGUCGCGCUUGGUGUCCUGUCUCUUGCUUGGCCAACCCAGCCUCUCCUCGCCAGUCCGUGUGCUUGGAUCCCCCGGGGCCCGAAGCUCUGGCAGGGCUUUCGCCACUUACCUCGGUCGGGGUCUUGUUUCCUAGCUGCUGGGAGAUGACACUGAAAGUCUGUGGCUGUGCCCCCCGCUCCUGGCACAUGGUGAGAAUCACGCGGUCAGCUUCCCUGGAACCCACAUACCACGAUUAACUCCAGAUUAGCAAAAUGGACACGUGCACUCAUUUCCCGGAUACGCACGCAGCGGCCCCCCCUCCACCUACCUGGUCCACAGCACCACCUUCUCCCCAGUGGAGCUGACCUUGCUGUUGUUGGCACAAACAGUAGCUUCUGUGGUCUUCGGCUGCUGCUCUCCCACGGGAGCCUUGCCCUGCACUCCACAGUCCUUAACCAAAUCUCCCCUAGGGGCUUUGGAAGAAGUCUCUGAGGUGUCCGUUCCCAACGACUCGUGGACGGGGGACAUCCUGUGUGCGGUCUUCACCCCAGCUCUGCUCGACAGCAACCAGCUCCCCGGACUGUCUGAGACCUCAGACAACCGUCUCCUCCCUAAGUCUCUGGUCCUUGAGGAAACGGGACUCAGAAAGGAAGCAGGGUUCUCCUCGGUUCCAGGCCAUUUCUCAGUUUCCGAAGCAUUCCAGGCGGGCACGGAAGCCUCUGGCUCACCCACUGCCUCCUGGUCCUCCCCCUCAUUCCGAAGUCUAGGGGACGCCUCAGGGCAGGGCAGGACCUCACGCUCAGCCUGGUUUCUCCUAACCACGCAGAGCACAACUCCAGGGCUGGAGGAAAGCUGAGGAGUCUCGGGUGAACAGGGCGGUGGGCCUCCCAGGACGAGCUGCUCUGUCAGGGUCACUUCCUGCGUGCUCCCCACUGCUGAUCCUGCUUAGGAGGAAAAUAAGGACCUAAGAGGAUGGAUGGGGUCAAGGUGCCCCUGGGACGCCCAGUUACCACAGGGCCACACAGGUGGGCUACUGUGAUGGAGCCCCAAUCUCAAAGAGUGCGGUGGGGCUGGCUGAAGUCACUUAAAUGAAGAUAAAAGCCCGACUGUCAAGGCCCAGAAUGGCAGUCUUCAGGACGCAGAUGACCAGGGUCCGCAGGGCAGGGAAGGGAAUGCAGUCACACUGCCUCGCACUCCCAAUUCCUCGAGAGGACAGAGGCCACAGCAGAGCAAGUUAAGGCCGGACAGAAGGAUCUCCUAUUACUUGUUAGUAAAAAAGGGGGUUCUCCGUCCAAGAAGGACUUGCUCGUCCUGGCUCGGAGACGUUCUUGGUUGAAGCACGUAAGGACAUGGAAAAGGGGGGAAAGAGGCGGGGCUGGCAGAACACUCACCUGGAACAGGCAGAGCUCCCUUGCCGGGCGGGCCCUGGGCAGCCUCAACGCUUUCCCGCUCGUCUGGGACUUCCUCCUCCAGCAGGUCCUUGCCCUGCCCGGCCUCCUUAGCACCAGGCACGGGGCUGGCCUCGCGGUGGGGGCUGCCGCCCGCCGACUCAUGGGGCUCCUUGCUCUUGUAGGAUCUGCCGUCACAGACCUGCAGGAACAGCCUCCUUGGUCAGGGGUCUCCUGACUGCCUUUUUCUCUGGUGACCAAGCCCUGCCCCCACGUCCGGCAAGUACACCUGCUCCACCAACUUUAAACGACCCAGAAGGCGUCUGGUUCUACCCGCCGUUCUCCGAGCAAGGACUGUAUCUUUGCUGCCAACCAACCCUACUCUAGAGACCCGGCAUUACUUCGAGGGUCUGUUUUCUUGACACAAGUGUAUCUCAUUAAAAACAAGCAAGCAAGC